UCAGCAACGCAGCGCCGCGGCGGGGCUGGUUGCUAGGGGCGGCCAUGGACGCCUCCGCCCGGCCCUGGCCACCGCCGCUGGGCGCCUACGCGGAGGAGCGGGAGCUCUUCCGGCUCCUGCAGAACAUGCUUGAAGAACUGUUAAUUCAUAAGCCAGAUGAUCCCAUUCAGUAUAUGAUAAACCAUUUAAAGCAAAACAACGACGAUGCUCCAAGAGUUUGUGUACUUGGCCCACCUGCUUCUGGGAAAACUACAGUUGCAAUGUGGCUUUGUAAACAUUUGGAUGCCAUACGUGUAUCUCAGGAGACUUUGUUAUUCAAGGAAAUACUAGCGCUGACAAAGGAAGCAAAGGCGUAUCAAGAAAGAAAACAGAAAAUUCCCAACGCGCUUUGGGCCAAUCUGAUCCAGGAACGUCUGUCAAACGUGGACUGCAUCAAACAAGGAUGGAUUUUGGAAGGCUUCCCUGAAAAUCAGGAACAGGCAUGGAUGCUGCAAUCAUCUGGCAUCAUUCCUAGGCAUGUUGUUGUGCUUUAUGCCCCAGACACUGUGCUGAUUGAGAGGAACAGUGGGAAGAGGCUUGAUCCCUUCACAGAAGAGGUGUACCAUACAACCUUUGACUGGCCAAGUGAUCUGCUGGUACAGCAACGUUUGGUGAAACCAGAAGAUCUAUCUGAAGAGGAGAUGUCAAAGAAACUGCUGAAAUAUCACAGAAACUUCCCCGAGGUUUUCCAGAUCUACCAAAAAGUUUUGAAAUCGAUCAAUGCAGACCAGCCUUCAAUGGAUGUCCUUUCACAGGUUCUGACCUAUGUCCAAACACGUCACCGAUCAGCUGCCCCCUUUACACCACGGAUUCUUUUUUGUGGACCCCCAGGCAGCGGGAAGAGCCUGCAGGCAGCACUAAUAGCUCAGAAAUACGGUGUUGUCAACAUUUGCUGUGGGCAACUGUUAAAGGAAGCUGUUGCAGACAAGACGAAACUUGGAGAACUCGUUAAGCCUUAUAUUGACAACGGAUACCCAGUCCCAGACAACCUCGUUAUGAAGAUCCUGGCAGAACGCCUAAAUGCACUAGACUGCAUGACCAAUGGUUGGGUGCUUUGUGGCUUCCCAAGAGACAUAGAGCAGGGAGAACAGCUGCAAAAAUCACAUAUUAUUCCAAACAGGAUAUUUUUCUUUAAUCUCCCCUAUGAGUCCAUCAUGGAACGACUGUCUCAGCGGAGGAUUGAUCCUGUCACUGGGGAAAGAUACCACACUACAUUCAGACCAGCACCCACACCGGAGAUCCAAGCCCGUCUCAGGCAGAACCCUAGAGACAAGGAAGAAAAUAUUGAGAAGCGUGUGGAAACCUAUUACAGGAAUGUCAAGGAGCUGGAGGAUUUUUAUGAAGAUGCCUUUUAUGUCAACGCUGACCAAGACCCACAUGCUGUCUUUGAGUUUAUAGAAAGCUGUGUCAUUAAGCCCCUUCCAUGCAAAAAAUUAAAAAGCUUAUAAUUAGUAAGGGUGACUUCUGGGACGGUUGGUUUUAAACUCUUCCCUGUCAUGUUUGCAGUCCGGUCACUGCCGUGGCAGGUUAUCACAAAUGAAGAGGAAGUCGGGCAAGCCGUGGUGAAUCUGAAGCUCACCAGGGCUGAGCAAAGCACAGAGAGUAAGAAAUUGUGCUUUAGGGGAAUUUUUUUCGGCUUUUGUUUUGUGAUCCAAGGUACGAAGCACUGUGGCUAGGGAAGUUCCUAUGUUUAACUCAAGACCUUUUUCUGAUUCUGUGAUUCAGUGAAUAGUAGUUUUGUCUUAACUAUGUAAUACCCAUGAAGCCAAUUUGGUGCAUUAAAGCUAAUAGAUGUG